AUGACCGGAAACAAAUAUCCCUCUCUCUACGCAGUUGUGCAUCAACGGAAAGUGGAUGACUCGUUGUUCUGCGACCAAGUUCAAUAUGCAGCAGCCGAAGAUGUGGAUGCCGCAGUUGAAGCAGCAGAGGCGGCCUUCAAGGGACCUUGGCGAAAAUUCACAGCUACCCAAAGAGGAGAAGCACUUGUAAAACUAUCCGCUUUGAUUUUGGAGCACAAAGAGGAGCUGGGGUAUUUGGAUGGGACUUCUAUCGGAAAGAGCCAGGCUGCAGCCACCGGAGAAGCCGAGUUUGCCGCGUCGAUUCUAAGCUACUAUGCUGGCUGGGCCGACAAAUACCCUGGCGAGUCGUACCCCGGCGAGGACGGUUUCGUCAAAAUCGUGCGACAAGAGCCGCUGGGUGUCUGUGUCGGGAUCAAUCCCUGGAACGGACCUCUCGCAAUCAUGGCUAUGAAGCUCGGCCCUGCUUUGGCAAUGGGAAACGUCAUCAUUCUGAAGCCGAGUGAGAAAACGCCAUUGGCGUCAAACCGUCUCGCAUUUCUGGCCUCCGAGAGCGGUAUUCUCCCACCGGGCGUAUUCCAGAGCUUGUCUGGUGCCGGAGCAACCGGGGCUAUGCUUGCAAACCACAUGAGAGUGAGAAAGGUCAGCUUCACCGGCUCAAUUUCCACAGGGAAAAAGAUCCAAGAAGCUGCCGCGAAGAGCAAUCUUAAGCGAGUAACACUUGAGCUGGGUGGGAAGUCCCCCUCUGGUAUUUUUGAAGACUGCAACUUCGAUAAUGCGGUCUGGUGGUCUGUAUUUGCCAUCACUCAAAAUACCGGUCAGGCAUGCUUCGCGGCGAGUCGAGUCUAUGUGCAGGAAAGCAUCGCAGAUAAAUUCGUCGAAGCGUUUACCAAGGGGAUGUCACAGAAGCAAAACGAGCUUGCCCCUCUUGCGGAUAAAAUUCAACUAUCCCGGGUAUCAUCGUUCUUCCAACGAGACGCAGGAAAGACAAAAAUAUUGGUUGGUGGAAAGCAGCACGGCGACAAAGGGUGCUACUGGGAACCAACCGUCUUCUAUAACCCGGAGAAAGAUGCUCAGGUAUAUAAUGAGGAAAUCUUCGGACCAGUGGCAUGCAUUAGUACAUUCAAGGAUGAAGAGGAAUUUUUGCGUCUUGCUAAUGAUACUGAAUAUGGUCUGAUGGCUGGUGUUUUCACCCAGGAUAUCAACCGCGCCAUGCGAAUUUCCUCGGAAUUGGAUAGUGGAGUUGUUGGAAUCAACUGUGUCAGCACAAUCAGCUUACAGACUCCUUUCGGAGGGUCUAAGCAGUCUGGAAUCGGAAGAGAGAUGAGUCACUAUGCUCUCCGAAGCUACAGUGAGCCAAAGACAGUUCUCAUAAACAUGAACUAUUAG